CCGAUAUCUCCCUAUAAAUUCAAUCCCACCUCUUUCAUCUUUCUUUCAUGCUCAUCACUCCUUUCAUCUCCAAUAUCACCAAAAAACCAAACCUGAGGUUCGCUUAAAUCUUUGUAUUUUGCCCUAGUUUUCUCCCAUUCUUGAUCCAAAUUCAAACCCUGUUUUGUUCCUCACUCUGUUUUACCAAACCAUGACUUCCACUACUGUCUGUCAUCAAGAGCUUCAACCCUGUGUUGAGUCUCUUGUUAGGCUCCAAUUGGUACCGCCAAGGCCUAAACUCUCCAUUUCUGAACCCCAAGAAAUUGGAAAAUCCAGUGACAAACCUAGCUGGAGCUUCCUCCAGUCUUUCACCACCACAAUUCAGACCCCCAAAACAGAGACUGAAACAGAGAAGGUCUAUGUCCACCCUCUUGUGAAACGCUCAGCUUCGGUGCUCAGCCCCAAAAGCCUGGCAAUGUGCACUGAAAGCUUGGGCAGCGAGACGGGAAGCGAUGCGAGCAGUGGUGACAUGUCUUUUCUGCUUCAAAAGAACGACAUUCCUUUGUUGUCACUUGAAGCUGAGAAAACCCAAACAUUCUCUGCUACAAAACAGACUAAUGUAGAAACCCGAAAACUGAGUGACAGUGUUCAAGCACCAAAGAGAUUGAAUCGUAGUUUUAAUGGUGGGAAUAAUUUUCCUCCACCUUUAACUUCUAUCGGUGGCUCCAAUGGUGUUCAAUUUUUGCCUCACCGUGAAGGAGGCAGGCUUGUUCUGAAAGCCGUUCCUGUCACUUCUCCUGCAAACUAUUUCAAAGUGGAGCGCGGCGAUGGGCGGCUCAGGCUUCAGUUGUUGAGGGAUAUGACUCUGAAUUCUGACACUAAUGAGGAGGUUGAAGAUGCCGAAGAAGAAGAAGAAGAUGAGGUUGUUAGAGAAGAGGAAGUGGUUGAAGAAAUAAUGGGAGUUGAGACUGAAACAUGUCGGGAGGAAAUGGAAGUGGAGGAAAAGAGUGGUGGCUAUUGGGAAACAGAGGAGGAGGACACGGAAGGAAAUAGUGGGAGUGUUGUGGGUGAAACGGGAAUGGAGAAGAAGCUUCCUAGCCGUUGCAAGGAAAGCCGGCGUGGUAACAACAAAAUGGUUAUGAAUUGGCCGCCGGAGUCGUUCUGGGUCGCUACCUAAAACAGAGUUGCUCUGUUUCUGAAGAUUAACUAUUAUUUUUUCACUUGGUGUUUUUUUUUCUUCUCUAUUUUUCUAGACUUGGUCAUGAAAAUAUUGAAGUUCCCUAGCUUCGAUUGUAUCCUAAUCAGCUAAUUAAUGUUAGUUAUUAUCGUUAUUGGA